CUGUGCGCUGCUGAGCUGAGCUGGGGCGCGGCCGCCUGUCUGCUCCAGCAGCACCAUGUCACUCAUGGUCGUCAGCAUGGCGUGUGUUGGGUUCCUCUUGCUGCAGGGGGCCUGGCCACAUGAGGGUGGACAGGACAAGCCCUUGCUGUCUGCCUGGCCCAGCGCUGUGGUGCCUCGAGGAGGACACGUGACUCUUCUGUGUCGCUCUCGUCUUGGGUUUACCAUCUUCAGUCUGUACAAAGAAGAUGGGGUGCCUGUCCCUGAGCUCUACGACAAAAUAUUCUGGAAGAGCAUCCUCCUGGGCCCUGUGACCCGCGCACACGCAGGGACCUACAGAUGUCGGGGUUCACACCCGCACUCCCCCAUUGAGUGGUCGGCACCCAGCAACCCCCUGGUGAUUGUGGUCACAGGUCUAUUUGGGAAACCUUUGCUCUCAGCCCAGCCGGGCCCCACGGUUCGUGCAGGAGAGAACGUGACCUUGUCCUGCAGCUCCAGGAGCUCAUUUGACAUGUACCAUCUAUCCAGGGAGGGGAGGGUCCAUGAACCUAGGCUCCCUGCAGUGCCCAGCGUCAAUGGAACAUUCCAGGCUGACUUUCCUCUGGGCCCUGCCACCCACGGAGGGACCUACACAUGCUUCGGCUCUCUCCAUGACUCACCCUAUGAGUGGUCAGACCCGAGUCACCCACUGCUUGUUUCUGUCACAGGAAACUCUUCAAGUAGUUCAUCUUCACCCACUGAACCAAGCUCCAAAACUGGUAUCCCCAGACACCUGCACAUUCUGAUUGGGACCUCAGUGGCUAUCAUCCUCUUCAUCAUCCUCCUCUUCUUUCUCCUUCAUCGCUGCUGCUCCAACAAAAAGAAUGCUGCUGUAAUGGACCAAGAGCCUGCCGGGGACAGAACAGUGAACAGGGAGGACUCUGAUGAUCAAGACCCUCAGGAGGUGACAUACGCACAGUUGGAUCACCGCGUUUUCACACAGACAAAAAUCACCGCCCCUUCUCAGAGGCCCAAGACACCUCCAAUAGAUACCACCAUGUACAUGGAACUUCCAAAUGCUAAGCGAAGAUCAUUGUCUCCUGCCCAUGAGCACCACAGUCAGGCCUUGAUGGGAUCUUCUAGGGAGACAACAGCCCUGUCUCAAAACCGGGUUGCCAGCUCCCAUGUACCAGCAGCUGGAAUCUGAAGGCGUGAGUCUGCUUCUUAGAGUAUCGCUCUUCCUCACACCACAAAUCUGGUGCGUCUCUCUUGCUUACAAAUGUCUAAGGUCCCCACUGCCUGCUGCAGAGAAAACACACUCCUUUGCUUAGCCCACAAUUCUCCAUUUCACUUGACCCCUGCCCACCUCUCCAACCUAACUGGCUUACUUCCUAGUCUACUUGAGGCUGCAAUCACACUGAGGAACUCACAAUUCCAAACAUACAAGAGGCUCCCUCUUGACAUGGCACUUACACACAUGCUGUUCCACCUUCCCUCAUGCUGUUUCAGCUUUCUUCAGACUAUUUUCCAGCCUUCUGUCAGCAGUGAAACUUAUAAAAUUUUUUGUGAUUUCAAUGUAGCUGUCUCCUGUUCAAAUAAACAUGUCUGCCCUCAUUGCUUUAGGUAAUGUGACACUAUUCGCUGAAAGAAACCGCUGUUAUCAUUGCCAUGUCCACAUAACCCCAUCUGUUCUCCGCUGGGUUCUCACCCCUGGACUCUGAGCUUCUGGAACAGGGUGGAGCCUCAUUUGUCUCUGGGACUCCAAUUUCCAUCCAAAGAUGCAGCACAUAGGAGGUUCCAACGAUCAUGAAUCACAUGAACAAGUGAUAUUCUUACUCUCUGCAGACCUGGAAAGCUGGCAGAGUCACUCCACGAUGAAACAUUUGUAGAGUCAUAGGCCUUGUUAGUCUCAUCUCCGUGGGGACACAUAUCAACACAUCAUCUUUCAAACUAUAAAUAUACAGUCGCUCCUCCAUAUCUGUGGGGUUUACAGGUGUUUAUUGAACCAAGUAUAAAUCAAAAAUAUUCAGAGAAAAAGUCCACCAAGUUCCAAAAAGCAAAACUGUGUUGAAUGCACACAAAUGAGGGGGUGUGUAGGCUGUAUCAGGAAUUAUAAGUAAUCAAGAGAUGAUUUCAUGUAUACAGGAGGAUGUGCAUGGGUUAUAUGCAAAUGCUGUGCCAUUUCAUGUAAGAGGCUUCAGCAUCUGCAGAUUUUGGUAUCUGAGUGGAGAUCCUGGAACCAAUCACCCACGAAUAGUGAAGGAUGACCGUAUAUGACUUUUAUUUCUCAAUUUUAAAUAUAAAUCAUAAAAAAAUUAUAAUAACUAGAUAAAAACAAGAAGUGUUUUUAUAGUAUGAGAAUAAGUUUAGAUUUAUUUUUUCCUACGUGUAACCCUUUGGUUUAAUAUUGUUUAUUGAGAAGACAUUCUAUGCCACCUUAUACCACACGGCAGCCUUUGUCAACUAUAAAGGGACUGUGUGUACACGGAUGUAUUUUAGACACUGUUUCUGCUAAGGGGCUCUCUGUGUCCACUCUCUUGAGGAUGCUGCACUUUAUGUAGCCUCAUACAACCCUUUAAAUUUAGUAGCCAGAGCCCUCUAAUUUGUUAUUAUAGGCUAUUUGCUAUUUUUUUUUUCUUGAGGCGGAGUCUUGCUCUGUCGCCCAGGCUGGACUGCAGUGGCACAAUCUCAGCUCACUGCAACCUCCGCCUCCCGGGUUCAAGCGAUUCUCGUGCCUCAGCCUCUUGGGUAGCUGGCGUUACAGGUGCCUGCCACCAGGCACGGCUAAUUUUUGGAUUUUUAGCAGAGACACGGUUUCACUCUGUUGGCCAGGCUGCUCUCAAUCUCCUCAUCUCAG